GGGGGUAGUAUGAGUCUCUCAGAGGAUACUUGCCCCGUGCCCGUGCGUAAAGAUGUUCAUAAAGAUAUUCUGAAGUAUGUGGGUGACCUUAAACACGAAUACAUAAUGGAAAAGAGAGCAGAGUAGAGAGGCAAAGUUAGUGGUGUUGUGGGAAAGAUUUAUAACUGACCGCUCGAAGUCAUUUCUGCGCUUGAAUUCAGAAGAAUUUCUUUCCUCGUUGAGAGUCUUCAGCCCUACCAGCUUUGGAGCCUUCAACAGGUCAAAGCGUUUUUCUUCUCUUUUAUAAUAAACGUUGUAAUAAUAAAAUGUUUCCAUGCUGCAUUUGGAGGUAAACAAAAGUCUGGUGUGGUGUUCGUAGGCGUAGGAGCUAAAGCUGACUCGACACGGAACGUGAGAGGGGACGAGAAAACGUCUCUCCAAGGAUGACACUUGGGACGGAUAUGUCCGACAGUUCUGCUUUGUCCGAUGAUGUGGACAUAGAUGUGGUCGGGGGAGACCUCUCCGUCGGCAAAGACGGGAAAUAUCUUCAUCACGAGUUCCACUUGGACAAUGACUCGGACGAUAAUUUGUCUCAGAAUGCGGGUGAGAGGGUUUCCUCUCCCGGUCUCAGCAGCUCCGACCAAGCUGGAGGAGAGGCAGGGAGUAUAGGAGACAAGCCCAGCAAAAACGCACUCGUAAAACCCCCUUACUCCUACAUAGCUCUGAUAACUAUGGCGAUUCUUCAGAGUCCCAAGAAACGCCUCACUCUCAGUGAGAUCUGCGAAUUUAUCAGCAACAGGUUCCCGUACUACAGAGAGAAAUUUCCCGCGUGGCAAAAUUCAAUUCGCCACAAUCUGUCUUUGAAUGACUGCUUUGUCAAAAUACCACGUGAGCCUGGAAACCCGGGAAAAGGCAACUAUUGGACCCUCGACCCAGAGUCCGCCGACAUGUUCGACAAUGGGAGUUUUUUACGCAGGAGGAAGCGCUUUAAAAGACAUCAAACCAACGAGAUCCUCAGGGACGCUGGAGGAUUUCUGCCCGGAUUCGGAUACGGCCCUUAUGGGUACAACUACGGCCUCCAACUGCAGAACUUUCACGCACACAACCCUUAUCAUCCGCAUCACCCGGGCGGCGCGUUCCCCUUUCAAAACACACCUUGUACGCUUCCUUCGCCAGCCUCCAUAUUCCCCACGCCGCACCCCCUGCCCACUCUUCUAGGGGCAGAUUUGAGAAAGCCAUUUUAUCCUCAACUAAGCCCGACCUUGCCUGGCCUGGCACCUAUGAAGACGGACACCAGCACUUCAAAUCGGCCUUCUUUCUCCAUAGACAAUAUAAUUGGUGCAGCCAAUUCCACGGCAUCGCCGUACAGUCAGGCAGGAAACCAGGCUCAGAUUUUAGCCAUGUUGACCCCUGCACUCGCCUCCGCCUCAAACCACUUGAACCUCUCACAGGAAAGCAUGAUACCUGGGGUGCAGACAUUCUCUAGCAAACCUGCUAAUAUUACCAGUUGCCAUUUCUAAACUGGCAAGAAAAACAAUGUCAAAAACAAAAUCUUUUAAAACCGUUACGAUUCUGUCGUCUUAUGUGAAGGUAGGCGAAGUAUAUUCUUUGUGAAAGAAGAUCUUGUGUUGCUUUUCUCUCUGCUUCUUCUGGUUGAGAAAUGACAUGUAUAUUUAUGACUUGUAAAUAUGUAUACAAUAAAUGAAAAAGUCGUGAAGUAAUACAGAAAGAUUCUAAUCCAAUGCUGCGUGUAUAUUUGUCGGCCUGCAUUGACUCGUGGCCUACCGCCGUUUGAGCAAAAGAUACACGUGUAUUCACAUAGCCUAAGUUAAUUAUCACCUACCUUGUUGGGACGAUUUUUUCCUUUUUUCUUAACUACAAUUGAGAUUUUAUUAUGAUUAAUAAUGUUUUAUAUUUUUGUGCGUUGUGAGAUAAAGCACUGUUUAUAGGCUACCGAGACCGCAAACUCAGGUUUUAAUAUUAGCAAGCACAUGAAGACAAAGAAGGGGUAAUAACCUUUUCCACUAGGCUUCGAUCCUGCGGUAUCGUGAUGAAUUUGUGAUUAAAUAAUUUCAUGUUGUUAGUGGACAAGUAGCCUAUGUGGUUUUGGUGUAAAGCUCAGUACCUCUCUCACUCUGUUUAACUGUCGUGCUCACGUUCCUAUCUAUUUCACUGAGAUACAUCUGUGAAACGUAUGUUAUGUGUUUAGACAGAGACACUUAAAUGUCCAUAGGUCAUUUUGUUGUAAUGGCAAGAAUAAUAAAUGUUUGUGAAAA